AUGCUGACCGAGAUGUACUGUUAUAACCCGGAAGCUGGCGCUGUGUGGGCUGGCGUUGGGUGGGGGCUCAUUGGAAUCGGGCGGGUGUUUGGCGGGUCGGUUGGGAUGGAACUUGGUCGUUGGCCUGUUUUGGUCUGCUGGAUCGGUUGUGGUCCGCGAACGCGUUGGUCACCAGGGCCCUCUCGGUGGCUGGAGCCUGCCCAGUUGCUUGAUUGGAUGGAUUUAAGGCGGCCGGUCUAUUUUCCUUGGCAGCUGUGUCAGGGCCUUUGCAGGCGAUCAACGUUUGUUCAUCGCCUCUCCCAGGAACAGAAGGAUCUGAGCUUUGCAUCAGAGCUGAUUCAUCCUUCAGUUGUGAAUCUCCUGUGAUGGGGUCCUUUGAACGAUAGGGGAGAUGGUUACAUUUUGUGGGCAAAGGAACAGUCAGGGCUAGGAAGUGAACCACAGUACUUCGCAACUUCGAGAACAGAGAUAGUCGUGUAUUCAUGGGACCCAAUUUCCACAUGCAAGGUGUUUCGUGGUCUACGCGUUGGUGCUUAUAUUGAUAUUAUGAUCGUCCGAGUUCUUAAUGUAUGGAUUGAGUAUAGUGAUGACUCUCAGGGGCAUAAAAGAACAAUGCAUGUGCUGUGUCUUGACAAAGAGGAACAUAUGCUAGAGGCCUGUAUUGAGGAAGAUGACAUUCAAGAAAUGCAACAUAAGUUUAAAGUAGGAGAUUUACAUGUUCUGGAUGGCUUUCAUGUUAUUCCUGCAAGGGAAAACAGGCGUGUUGUUCCUGCCGAAGUUCGCUUUGCCAUAAGGCGUGAACAGAUCAUAUUUUGUGUGCCUGACAAUCCGGGUUAUCCCAAGUUUCCUGUCAAUGCUUUUCUGAAAACUUUGUUCUCGACUGUUCCAAUAGAGGCAGAAGCAGUUGUGAAUUAUGGAGAUGUUACGGGUUGCGUUGUUCAUCUAACAAUUCCAGAAUUUUCAAGUAAUGGUGUUCUUAGGUUUGAGCUCAUCAUAGAAAACAGCAGAGGCGACAAGGCGACAGUGUACUACUCUGGAACUGAGGAAAUCCUCCUACAAUCCGAAUUGCUUCAAUCUGGAACCCUAAAGCUUUCGUGUGAUUGA